AUGAGCAGUCUCGCCAGCAACACAGAGUCCGAGUUUUCUGAUGAAGAGCUGGACAGCAGCCCCUUGGGCCCGGAGGAUGAUAGCAGUGGAAGCGAGGCGAACUUUAAGAAGACGUCUCCUGAGAGGGACAAUGCGUCCAGCUCCAGUCAAAACCAGGGGACCUCAAAAGCUGGCAGUAAGAAGCGGAGUAGGCCAGUGCGCUCCAAAGCCCGCCGGGUAGCGGCCAACGUCCGCGAACGCAAGCGCAUCCUGGACUACAACCAAGCCUUCAACUCGCUGCGCAUGGCCCUCAACCACGACCUCAGCGGCAAGCGGCUGUCCAAGAUCGCCACCCUGCGCCGGGCCAUAAACCGCAUCUCUGCACUCUCCAUCUUCCUGAGAAACCACCCAGCGCCUCCAGCAGCCGAGUGCGUCCACGUCCCCCAGGAGGAGCGCGGGAGGCUGGUCCCAGUGAAGGAGAGGGCUUAUCAGCCGGACAAGUACCUCGUCCACCAGCAGCCAGAGCUGCAAACCCCACAAACGCACAAGCCUUACGCUCACAUGAUGCCCUCUGAGCCAGCCCAGCACUACCCGGACAUCGCGCUGCACCCUGGGGCCACUUGCCCACCCUCGCCACACUAUGCCCAGUACUCAACAGACUCCCAGCUGUGCAUGGGCCAAGGACUCUACAGCCACCCACGAAACAGAAUGAUUCCCUACCUUGAAUGCUGCAACUGA